UUUAUGCUAAUUUUUGUUAAGUGGGAUUGAAUAUCAAAAUCUAGGCUACGAAUCAACUAAGCAAAAUAUAAUGUGAGGCGAAGAAGAAAAAAUAUGUAAAUGACACAAGGAAUUGGUGACGCGGAAAACCCAAAGAAGGUAAAAACCGCGGGUAGAAUGAGGAUCUACCAAACUUUCACUAUGCAAAAAGUAAUGUUGAAUUACAAGUUUGUGAUAUAGGAUGAAGGCUUAGAACUAAUGCCAUGCUUGUUGCUGCUACGACCCUUAUAUAGACGAUUUGCUAGGUCAUGCCCUAGCCGUUGCAAGGAGAUAGGGUCGUGCCCUUGAUUUUAGGAGGAUAGUUGCGGAGAUUCCCUCUCUUCUGUUUUGAACUCCAAUGGACUGGGAGAGAUGAGGUAGGACUGAGUCUUAAGUUUAUCUUCUCCCAAAGAAUAGGAGGCCGUUAGAAGACUUGGUCUUUCGCUGAGAAUGCAGGCGUCGUCGUCCUUAAAGCUUCGUCAACAAAUGUCUUCGUCGCUGACUUAUGCUGACUGCCGUUGACUUGACCUUACAUAUUUUUAUCCAUAACAAUUUGCCCCUAAUUGCUAAAAACGUGGGCGACUACACUUUUUGGCAAUUACUUAAAAAAAUAAAAAUACAAAAAAUGCAAGACAGAAAAAAUAAAGAAUAAGAAAUGACAGAAAUUAUAACCGAAAGAUUUUCAAAUUAUCUAGAGGGCGAUUUCGUCUUUUGACACGCAAGUUCUUUAGAGCAGUUACUCAACUUCUCCCACUUCCUUACUCUAACCGUCAUUUCAUCCUUUAUUAAUCCUACAACACGCUUCGCGCUUCCCCAAACUUCUACUCUCUUCCACUCUUUUCUCUUCAAUUCCUCUUUCCUUUGCGAGUUUUUUCCGGUGGUUUGGUGGCAGCGUGCGGCGGCGAUUUCAAACUUCCAGCAUCUUCAAUUUCCAGGUAAUAUACUCUACUUCCUUUUGCAUUAAUCAAUUUUAGGUGCAAUGUCAAGCAAAAUUCCCAAAACUAGAACUAGGUUUUCUCUUCGCGUUGUUGAAAAACAAGGAACAAUUGUUUCACAGCAGAAUUCAGAGUCUCAGUCUAGGUCGUUGAUGGCUCCAAACAUGACGAGUGAUUUCGUCAAGAUGGCGGGUUUCCCCGGCACUACCUUUGCUUAUAUUCCGGGGCCCGGCCAAACGGUGGCGGAUUGUCCUGAGGAUUUCGUUGUUUUCUUUAGAUACCCUUUUGCUGAAACGACGAUUAAAUUCCCUUUCCCACCCCUAGUUCAUUCUUUCUUUGAGGUUCUAGGCAUUAGUCCGUGGCAGUUAAUGCCGUCUAGCUGGAGGAUUUUGUCGGUGAUAGUGGAAUUGACCAAAGAUUAGGAGGAUGCUUUUACUUAAGAAGAUUUGGCGGCAGGGUAUGAGAUAAAUAUGGUAGAAAGUGGUUUCGUCAGUUUGUGCAAAAAAGGAGAUCGGUUGGUUUUGAAUACUGAUGUGAAUGACAGGGGUUGGAAGAAGUGGUUCCUGUUUGUAAAGAGGGUGACGUUAGGUAACGACGGUUUGUGGUUGACGGAGGGAUGGCCGACGAAGGGUAAGUUUUUCUAUGGCAUUCGUAUUCUUAUGGUUUGAUUUUAGCUAAAAUGGUUUGAUUCUUUUUCUCAUAAUGCAGAGUUGGAUUUGGGAUUUCUUGAGUCGUCGGAGACCUCUUCGUCGAAGGUAAAAGAGUUCCUCGCCAUCAACCCUUCAGGAAGAACGUUUGCGCAAAAGAAGAAGGCGACGGGUGACCAAGCAGGGCAAGAGCAGAGUACUCCGUUGAGCACACCGAACAAGGCGGAAGAUUCCGAAGUAACAAUGUCGACUCAAUCGGCCGCUCAAGGCGUUCGUCGAAGUCGAAGCUUUACUCAACAAGAGGCUGACUUGCGAAUGAGGAGGAAGCGAGGGUUGGCAUCUCAAGAGCAGCAACCGGCGCCAGUGGCCAAGAAGGUGGAACCUUCUCUGACUCCGCCACCUGAGAGAACAGUCGACGAGUCGGGAACUAUUACGAUGUCGGUGACCCCUCCACGCAAGCAGCAGAAGACUAACAACGAGCCCCCAUCUCCUAACAUCUUGAUGCGUUUUCCAGCCAACUUCUUGGAUCGUCGCAAGGAUGAUCAACGCUCCUUGUUUCCUGCCCUGAAUCAAAUGUUGUUUCCCAAGUCUAGGGAGAUGUUAGCCGGAUCGUCCGUUUUGGACAUAGCAUCUGAAGCGGCUUCUGUUCACUUAUACGUAAGCUUUCAUUUUGGUUUCGUUUUUACUUAUCAAUUUAGUUGUCUUCAAAGUUUGUUAUUGGGGAUGUGUUUGGCCAGUGUCUGCAAAACUCUUUGGUGUUGAGGGAUAGGGUGAUUGGGCUAGCCAAGGAGAUGCAAAGGCUGGAUGGUGCUGCUAAGAACAGUGAGGCUCAGCGCAAAACUGCCGUCAAUGUGUUUCAGAUGACCAAGAAGGAGCUGGACGAGACAAAGAAGAAGGUGGAUGACCUGGAAAAGAAACUACAAGACCAGUCGAAGACGAUGGAGGAGGAAACUCAGAAACUCAAGGAUCAGCUGAAGGAACAGGCCAAGAAUUUGGAGGAUAAGGUAGGGGUCAUUGCUGCCAACGGCCCUCCGAUGCUUAAGUCAGUACGCUUAGUCGUAAUAAAAACUUUGAAUGAAUGAAAUAAGCAGAGUAUUUUAGUUUAGACAUUACCGUUUUGUCGACGAACACUUUUGACCGUCUGCCUAAAAGUAGUAUUUUCUGAGAUGGGUUACGUUCCAACUUCGUGGAACAGGAUAUGCCGAUGACUUGAGUAAUUUCGUAUGGCCCUUCCCAUGGGGGAGCGAGCUUUCCGUCGGCCGGAUUCUUUGUAUUCUGGAAUGCUUUCCUUAGUACCCAGUCUCCUAAUUGGAACGUUUUGGCCUUGACGUUUUUGUCGAAGCUCCUAGCGACGAUUUGCUGUUGUGCUGCCAUUCUAAUUAACGUUGCUUCUCUUAGUUCUUCAACUGCGUCCAUAUUAUCUUCCAUUUCCUCUUGAUUCCUUUCACUACGUGAAAAAAGGAAUUUGGCACCGGUUCAAACCCGGCCUAAGGCACCGGUUUGAACCGGUGCCUAU